CAAACAGCUAUUUUGAGCACCGUGUUAGCCGAUACACGCUAGUGUACACAUACAUCCAGACACAUCCAUCUACAUACACCGUCGGCCGGAUACGAGCGACCACUUCCAUCAUGGCAGCCCAGCAGUUUGCGGACGACCCCGCCCUCUACAUCUUCACGUCCCUUACCGCUGGUUCCUCACACAUUGUCACGGCUACUUCUCGCCUAGAGACAAUCCUCCGCGCAAACAGAAUCCCUUUCAAAGCCAUCGAUAUUGCCACAGACAAGAAUGCCCGUAGUCUAUGGACCAGACGCGCUGGCAAGGAUGAGGGAGGCCGCAUCAGGAAGCUGCCUGGUCUCGUACAAGAGGGCUGGGUUAUUGGUGAUCUUGUAGAGAUUGAUGACUGGAACGAAUACGGCGAGCUUAAGCAACGAGUCAAGAUUUACUAUGACGAGUUUACCAUUCCAAACAUCAACAACAAGCCCCCCGAGCCGCCAAAGAAAAAGAAAAAGGCAGCCAAAGCUGCAACGGCAAUCAGUGGAGUUAUUGCUGCUGGGUCUGCUGCUACAGCUGGAGUCGCGGCGGCUGCUGCUGCUGCUGCCACAGAGCUGGGCAAGGAUGCUCCCGACGCAGCCAAGGAUGCGCCCAAGGCCGCUGUUGACAAGAAGCAGGAGAUGGCCAUGUCUAUGAGAUCCAUGGCAGAUGAGGCAGCUGCGAAGGCUAAGGAAAUGAAGCUGAAGAGUCUGCGCGAAAAGGUACAUGGAACAAAGGCGGAAGAGAAGAAGGACGUUUCAGACGAGCCACCCAAGGACGAUGAUGUCAAGACGGACGCAACAGAAAAGGAAACGACCGAAGUCGAAAAGAAGGAUGACGCCGAAGAAGCAGUGGUUGACGAAACAAAAGCAAAGUCGGACAAGACCGAGUCUGAAGAUGACAAGGCCAAGACUGCUGAGGCAACCAAGGCUGAGUCAACAACAACAGCAGACGCUACCAAGACUGAAGAGGAUGAAGAUGAUGAUACUGGGGAUUCAGAGCCAGUCGUACACGCAAAGAAAGCCGCUAUCGUUGCACCGAUUGUGGCGGACGAAGAAAAGGCGGAAGCAAAGUCUGAACCCAGCAAAGAGGUUAAGCCAGCUAGCGAGGCCCAGGAUGUGCUCAAGGAGGAGCCAAAGCAAAAGGAGGCCGAAGCUACACCAACGAAGAAGGCCGCUGAGGCAGCUUCAAAAGAGGUCAAACCUACUGUCAACGUUGAACCAACAACACCAAAGAAGACGGCACCAUCACAUUCAACGCUCCAAUCGCCUACCACUACGACAUGGAAGCACACUGCGUCUCAGCACAAUGCUCUCCGAGAGGCUAUUCAAAGUCCUACGAGCGGCAAGUGGAAACACAUUGGGGCGACUGCUGCUCCCGAGGAUGAUGAUAGUGAUGAGGAAGACGACGACGAUGAGGAUGAGGAAGAGGACGACGAUGAUGAAGAGGACGAAGACGUUAAGAAGUCGGCAGCUGCUGCUAAGGAUACCACCGCACAGAAAAAGCAAGUAUCGAAGGACGAUGAUGAGGACGACUCCGAUGACGAAGACGAAGACGAAGACAGCGAUGAAGAGGAAGAAGAGGUGAAGAAGCCUGCACCAAAUAAGGCUGCCGCACCAGCGGCAAAGCCGAAAAGCAAGCCAACUGAAGAUGACGAAGAAGAGGACGACGAUGAGGAUGAAGAGGAGAGCGACGAAGACGAGGACGACGAGCCAGCAAAGCCUUCUAAGCCUUCGCCUGCCAAGGCGGCUGCCCCAAAAGCUGCAGCCAAACCGUCCGAGGAUGACGACGAUGAAGAAGACGACGAGAGCGACGAGGAGGAAACCAAGCCAGCGGCUAAAAAGUAAUGAAUUCGCAUCAUAAGCAUCUGCCAUACGGACACGACUCACGUCACGACAGUUAACAUACACAUACAUACCCCCAUUUUUCAUAGCACCGAAAUCUGAAUCAUACAAAGUUCAAUAAAGAAGCAUGGCCAAUAUGUAGACAUACACAUACAUAACAUACAGACUUAAAUAACCACAAAAUCCACCUUUCCACGAUUUAAUACAAUCCGUCAUCGUCGCUGGCUCCUCCUUCCUGGAACCCAGCAACAGCCUUUCCUUUACCCUUUGACCUGCUACCCGGCCUCGUCUCGCCCUCACUAUCGCUCGCUGGCGCCGUUGCCUUUCCUUUACCCUUGAUAGCCGCCUUGACUGCCGCCUUGAUCAAGCCGCGCGACGACGGUCGACUAGGCGGUCUUGCCGGCGCUGUUGCUGGCACCGCUGCCGGCUUCUUGCCCUUCUCCUUGUCCUCGGGAGCACUCUCAAACAUAGCCCGCACCUUUUCAUAGUGCGCCAGCUCGCCAGCCGAGACACUAGGAAUCAGCUCGGCAUGGGCAGCGUGGAAAUCCGCCUCAGUGACCAGCACAGCCAAGUCCUCCUUGGUGGCGUAGUGGUCAAAGUAACCCGCCGUAGACAAGGGGAUCUCACGACCGACAUUGAGCGCAGCCAGCUUCGUGUCCACGGCGCUUGCGCACCGCGUUACAGCCUUGAGCAUGGCAUCAGUGCACAGCGCGUAGAAAUCGGCACCGGUAUAGUGGAAGGGCAACUGCUCUGCCACACGGGCCAGCGACAGCGCCGGGUCGAGCGUGAACUUGCGCGUCAGGGCCUCCAGGAUAGUCUGCUGCUUCUCGUGGGUGUCCGACACACCCAAGUACAACAUCUUAUCGAAGCGUCCGGGUCGUAGUAGCGCCGGGUCCAGUAAGUCAGGACGGUUCGUGGCGCCAAUGACAAACACGCCGCUUCCGCCAGAGUCGUCGCCGCCGCCAGACAUGCCGUCGAGCUCCGCGAGCAGCUGCGACACAAUACGGUCCAUGACGCCGCCCGAGUCACCUUGGUUACCACGCUUGGGCGCCACCGAAUCCAGCUCGUCAAAGAAGACAACACACGGGCGGGCGUCGCGCGCACGCUGGAAGACGCGGCGCACGUUGGCCUCAGACUCACCAAUGUACAUGUUGAGCAGCUCGGGGCCCUUGACGCUGAAGAAGUUGAGGCUGUACUCGGUGGCAAUGGCCUUGGCGAGCAAUGUUUUACCGGUACCAGGGGGACCGUAGAAGAGAAUACCAGAGCGCUUCUUCAUGCCCUUGGCGAAGAGCUCGGGGCGCUCGAGCGGCAGCUGGAUGGUCUCGGUGAUGGCGUCCUUGACGUUGGAGAGACCGCCGACGUCGUCCCAUGUGACGUUGGGGAUCUUGGGCGCGCCAAUUGAGUCGGAGAAGUUCUUGCGCGCGGCUUCGACGGCGACUUCAAAGUCAGAGGCGGUUAGGGAGCGCGCGAGAGGGCCGCCGGCGACUUGGAGAUCGCGGACGGUGAGGGGCAGCCCGGCGGUGGGGUUGGCGGUGGUGAGCUUCUCUAGGCGCGAGAGCUUGGCGAGAGAUGCGCGCUCGACGACGUCGACGAGAUCGCCGGCAACGAGGGCGGCGGUCUUGAGCGCAAUGGAGUUGAGGUCGAUGCUGGGGUCGAGGGUGACGGCUUUGUUGUCGAUGACGGUGCGCAGGAUGGCCUCACGCUCGGCUUCAUCGGGGGCUCCCAUUUCGAGUUCGUGCGUGAAGAGCGCGCGCACGCCGUCGGGGACUUGGUCUACGUCGUUGGUUGUGGCAAUGAGCACGCGGGUGUCGCUAAGGAUCUCCUUGAAAGAUGCCUCGAUGCGGUCUGCCGUCAGGGCCUCAAUAUGCUGGAUUAGCAGCGCGCAGCAGUCGGCGCCGCAGCUCUGGGCACGCUCAGCGCGUGUGCGCAGGAAGCCUUCGGUCUUGACGUCGCUGCCGCUGCCGCUGCCUUCGUUGAGGAUGUCGUAGGCGUCGAUCUGGUAUGUGUGCAGACCGACGUCGGCGCAUGCGUUCGUUGCCAUGGUCGUCUUGCCAAUGUUGCGGUGCGUCGAUGUCAGCAGGAUCGCCACAGGCGGCAUCUUGAGGUGGAUGGCGCGCUGGGACGUCGCGGCAACGAGGAGCUCGCGGAUCUGUCGGCGCAAAGGAGGAAUAUACUCUUGGGCGCCGCUGACGGGGAGAGCUGCCGGUGCAGACACGGAUGCGCGGCGGGGAGUCUGGCGCAGGCCGAGAUAGUACGGCCAUGUGCUGGAGCUGGUUCCGGGAAUGCGGCUGGUAACGAAGCCGGAGCCGUGCAUGCCGACGGUCGAGCUGUCGAUGCAGGCCACGGAACCCCAGAAUGCCUCGGCCGUGCCGUCUUCGUCCUCGUCCGACUUUUGGAUCUGGAUAUGCCCAACCUUGAACCAGGCGACGCCGUCAAAAUGCGACGAGCCGCCGUCGGCAGAAGUUUCAUCGGCGGUCAGGGCCAUGACGUCGUCCACCUCUGAACCGCCAGCGCCGACUGCCUCUUGGAGUGUUCGACCGAGCUGGGAGUCGACAGAUACAGCGAUGAGGUCGCCGGUGCGGACGAGACGUAGCUUAUCGGCAAAGUAGUGCUUCAGGCCACCCAGGACGGCAGUCUGGUAAGCUCGCUCGGCGGACACGGGAGUGCGAAUAUGGUGGAUCGUAAUGUCGCGAGCGUAUGGAGGGCGCAGGGCGCUUGUGAAGCGAGGAUUUGUUCCCUUUCCGUGGUAUGCAGACUUCUUGAGCGCCGAGAUGCGCACGUGUGUAGCGUUGUCGAGGUUGGCAAGGAGGAUCGGCGAGGCAUAGGCUGUCGGGCUCGUAGGUCGCUGGACUUGGGACUCGAAGAAGGAUGGCCGGCGCUCAACGCGGCGUGAGGUGACGAUGCGGCUGACAGGCUUUUGCGAGUAGCCUUCAGGAAGACCGUAGACGCGGACGGGGCGCCAGUUUGCUGGCUCGGCUUCCAUUUGACCAAAGCUGCCGAGGCCAAAGGCGCCGAAGCCGUUCAGAGGAGGCUCCUCAGCGAACUCGACGCGCGCCCAGUCACCAGAGAAGCAGCCAAUCUUGGACAAGGACGACAUGUCGACGUAGAUGCGGGCCUCCUCGUCGUCCUCGGUGCCGGGCUUGGGGUGCAGAAGCUCGGAGGGAAUUGGUCUGCGAAGGCCAGCAGCUUUGAAGAGCCGGCCCCGUGGGCGAUCUUGGCGAGCUGUGGUAGCGGUAAAAUUGGAAAAUACGGAACCUGGAGUUGCUGCGCCAUUGGUCUUGCGGCCACGGACGGUGCCGAGUGUCAUGGGAGUGCCGGGGCCCAUUGUGUUCAUGGUCGAGCUGGUAGAGUGCAGAGCCGGCGCUUCGAGCGAAAUCAUGUCGUCCAUGGAGUCGUCAGAGAGCUCUUCAUCUUCGGAUCCCGAGAUUUCUGUUUCUGUUUCGGUGGCCGUUUCGGUCUCGGUCUCGGUCUCGACGCGGGCGUCUGUCUUGUAUCGUUCCUCGGCAGCGGAGAAGAAUUGGUCGUUGCUGGUGUCCUCAUCGUCUUCGGGCACGCCAUUGAGUCGUGAGCUCGAGCUGAGCGACGAAACGCUCUUGUCUGCGCGGCGGUGCACUCUGCCGCGCAUGAGCACAAUCUUGGUGCUCGGCGUCAAGACACCCUGCGCCACAGGCUCACAGAGCACAAUCUUGCCUGGGUUUGGGGGCAGAUGAGUGACGGGGUGCGGAGCUAGCGGCAGAGGAAACAGGUCGCCUGUGUGCACAAUGGUGAGGCUGCUAAGCGCUGUGCGAAGGGCCAGCGUUAAGCGCCCCUCCGGUGAAGCGUUGGCCACAGCUGCCUUGUUGGACGAAGCGGGCUGGUGGUCGCGGAAGAAGGUUCCCUCGCCGUUUUCGAUUCGUUUUGUGAGUUCGCUCUCCAAGCUGACAAAGACUGUCUCCAAUGGCACGGGGGCGACAUCAAGAACAAGAAUCUCGAUGCCGCUGCGGCUGUGGCUGGUGAGCUUGGACGGCGCAACUUGCUGGAGCGUGACUGCGAAGCUCUGUAGGGCGGGUGACGACGGCGAGAACUGGACAAUGGAGUGUGCGAGCGACGAGGAGCGAACGACAGGCACAACGGACCAGCUUAUAUCGGUGGGUGCGGCGUUGGGGGUCCAUGGGGCAAUGGCGACGUAGUGAAUGUCGGCGUCGUCACCUAGAAAAGUGAAGAUGUUAGCAGGCGAAACACCGAACAAUGAUAGCUAGCUUUUAUUCGUCAGGAGACCCUUACUGUUGCGGAGAUGAGGGAACAAGUCCACAAAGAGAUCCUCAGAGAGAAUGCCCACGUCGCUCUUGACGUGGUCGUCGAGCACGAGGCGCGAGGAGAUGGCGGGCUUGUCUUGCCGGCGUCGGCGGCGGCUAAGAGGCCCGCUAGAAGCUGCCGGAGCAGUCAUGAUGCAGAAUGUGAGGUAAAAUAGGAACGAUAAACGGGGUGUGGCGAAGCAAUUGGCUAGAAAUGCAAACGAGGAUGGUUGGAAAGCUCAACCUGGGGAAAUCGCGGGAUCGCGGUUAUGUCAUGUCGAUGCGGAUGGGGGAAGAAUGCAGCCGCAACAAAGCUUCAGGGAGGAUGAACCGCGUGAUUGCCGCGUGAAUUGUCGUUCGAGACGCGCAGAGAAGCUCCAAGCAGCAAAGAAGAGAAAGCAGAAAAGAUGGC